UUAAUAUGAUGAUUGUUUUAAAAUUAUUAAUAUUUAUAUCUGAAUGUUGUUACUGUAAAUAUUGAUUUAUCAAAUAUUUACAAUAAAAGAUAAAAAGGUUAGCCCGGUAAGAUGACCUGACCACUGGCUGCGCGACCAACCGGAGUGUGCGCGCCCGAAACUGGCAUCGGGAUAAAUGACAGUCGAAACCGUUAAAACACUACAUGUCUCAUUCCCACAUGGGCUUGAGUACGGAUUGUGUGGCGAUACGCGAUGCGUUGUCUCGCUCGCUCGCGCAUUACUCGCACGGCUAUGCAUUCGUGUUAGCAUUCAUCCGCUCACACUACUAGUGGCGAGGCGAGUAGCGGUCGAGCCGAAAUAGAGGUGGCACAUGUGUUUUGUUAUUAGCGGGAAAUCUUUCGUCUCGAGUUAAAGCUGCGCAUGUUUAGAUUUUUUUUGAUUGUGUAAAAUGCUCUCUCUUUCCCAAAAGAUAAGGAGACGCGGGCGCACAGCAUACCACAAUGCACAAGCGUAAUGCAUUGACAUAGUGUACUGUUAUCAGUGUUGUAGUUGCAGUGCAGUUGCAUUAGAUGCGUCUUUGUGUUUGUGUUUGUGCAUCGUAACUACCUACGCAAAGGGAGAAAAUGGGUACAGCCUGUUUUAGUUUCACAGACACGGUGCUAUGGGUUGUGGUGGUAUACCUGUCGCUCCACCUGGUCCCCAUAGAAAUGAGGGUAGACGACCUGGAGCAGCCAGCACCUAGGGAGCAACCUCCAGCCGUGACGCAACGGCCGGAGCCCCACUACCAGUACCUGAACUUGGGCAAGUGCUUCCACAUGCCACGCUCCGAGUGCCCUGCGGAGCCCGGCACCUGCCGCCGCGUGGGCAGCGUGUCUGUGCUCUGUUGCGACCUGGACAGCAUCAGGCUGAAGGAGGCUCUUAGUAACACGAUAACGCAGAACACGACGUACCUCCACGUGCUGAACGCGAGCAUCGACGAGCUGGACGUGUCGCAGGCCGUGUUCCGGCGGCUGGCCUCCAUGGCCCUCACCGACGGGAGCAUCGGCAAGAUCACCGGUCAGUUUCCGAAGUACUCCUCGAUGGCGUGCCUGAACAUCUCUAACAACAAUCUGACGACGGCCAAGUUGCCGUCCUCGCAGCGGCCGUUCGCGUACCUGUUCAACUUAACGGUGCUGGACGCGUCAGCAAACAACCUCACCGAGUUCCCGCUGAGUCUCGUCCACAGCAACAAGAAGAUAUCUGUCGACCUUUCAGGCAACAAGUACCUGCCGUGCAAGCACUUCCAGCGAGCGAUGGAGACGAACAACAUCUCUCUGGUGACGUUCCUGCAGUACAACCAAACCUUCUGUGCGCUCGAUCUGCAGUUCAACUGGUUCAAGGACGUGCAGAUUGUUCAGAUCGACCAUCUCAAAGUGCACAAAGAGUUGAACGCGAACUGCCGCAAUAUCCAGCCGCUGGACAGCAACUGCAGCUGCGUGUUCGAGCGUCUGGAGCUUCUGGGAGACGAGGUCACCAACCUCGUGGCCGUGGACUGCUCGCACCGACACCUGCGUCAUCUGCCCACCCAUCUGCCGCCCAACACCGUCAAACUCAACGUGUCAUAUAAUAACAUCACGUCGCUGGGCGCAGUGGGCGACGACCCGAGCUACGAGCACCUCCGCCAGCUGUUCGUUGACCACAACGACGUCACCAACAUCGUGGCGCUCGAGGGCACCAAGUUCAUCGACAACUUCAUGGUCUUCUCCAUCAGCCACAACAAACUCAAGACGAUCCACACAUACGUCUUGUCAAACCGCUUCGACACGACGGGCCCGAUCCUGUCCAUCGCCGGCAACCAGAUCAUCUGCGACUGCAACGCUGAGAAGAUGAUCAAGCCGUGGCUCCAGGAGAACUUCAAGAACAUCCCGGACUACAAGGGCCUCGACUGUCAGGACGGCCUUGGCCCCGUGGUAGACCUGAUAGAAUCCCGUGUGUGUCAUACACCGCGAGACUGGACGGAUUACAUAUACUAUAUCAUUGGGCUGGAAGUACUUGUGUUCGUGUUGCUUAUAAGCAAGGUCUCCUACGACUACUGGGUGUUUAAAACGGCAGGUUAUUUGCCCUGGCCUGCCAAUAAAAUGCCCCGGUUGCCUUGCGAUUGGCUGUGCGAAUAACUAGGACUCGGAGAAGUGAUAAAGAUUGCUCUGUGAUUGGUGAAGUGUAUGAAUAUGAAUACUCCGAAGUGUUAAAGACUGCCACGAGAUUGGUUAGGUGAAUAAAGGCCUAAAGUUGACUGUAAAAGUGUGUUAAAUGUGAAGAUUAUAUUUUUAAAUAAAACUAGUUUUUACGGG